UAAUACUGUUCAUGUCCAUGAGUACACGAGCGGAAGCGCGAUCAAAGAUGGAGAUUUCGGUCCCCCCGACCCUCUAAAGCGGUAUUCGUAGAAACUUGCGCUGUUGAACGACGACACGCGGACCCGAAGGGCAUCAAGGUACGCGCACGUUGCUCGGCCAGCACGCGGCCAACUGGUGCACCAGGAUGGAGCUCCGCGUCGGCAGCAGGUACCGACUCGGACGUAAAAUCGGGAGCGGCUCCUUCGGCGACAUUUAUCUAGGCACAAACAUCUCGACAGGCGAAGAAGUCGCCAUCAAGUUGGAAUGCAUAAAAACACGACAUCCACAGUUACACAUAGAAUCAAGAUUCUACAAGAUGAUGCAGGGCGGUGUUGGAAUUCCUGCUAUAAAAUGGUGCGGUUCGGAAGGUGAUUAUAAUGUUAUGGUGAUGGAAUUGUUAGGACCAUCACUUGAGGAUCUUUUCAACUUUUGCUCUAGGCGGUUUACGCUCAAGACAGUCCUACUACUCGCUGAUCAAAUGAUAAGCAGAAUCGACUUCAUUCACAGCCGUCACUUUAUUCACCGCGAUAUAAAACCCGAUAACUUUCUAAUGGGAUUAGGAAAAAAGGGUAAUCUCGUGUACAUUAUAGACUUUGGACUCGCGAAAAAAUAUCGCGAUGGUCGUACUCACAGGCAUAUACCUUACCGAGAAAACAAGAAUCUUACUGGAACGGCUCGGUAUGCAAGUAUAAAUACACACAUGGGAAUUGAACAAUCACGGAGAGAUGAUCUCGAAUCAUUAGGUUAUGUGUUUAUGUAUUUUAACACGGGUAGUUUACCGUGGCAAGGAUUAAAAUCAGCUACUAAGAGACAAAAAUAUGAACGGAUAUCCGAGAAAAAAAUGUCGACGUCGAUUGACGAACUUUGUAAAGGAUUUCCUGUUGAGUUUGCUAAGUACCUGAGGUACUGUCGACAAAUAAGAUUUGAAGAGCGACCAGACUACUCAUAUCUCCGGCAGCUAUUUCGCACGCUUUUUCACCACGAAACUUUCACCUAUGAUUAUGUUUUUGACUGGAACAUGCUCAAGUUCGGUAAUGUGAGGCAACAAGCGUUACCAGCGGCACAACAGGCACCUACACACUCUCAACCUGUUAAUGUUCCGCUGUCAUCGGGAACAAAUAACGAGCAAGAGCACCCCUCUAGGAUUUACACGCGUCAGUGUCUUGCAAAUGCAUCGGGUACAGCAGGUGGACCAACGGUAAGCACCUCGGGACGUCGUCAGAAGCACGAGACGGAGCAAGAGGAGCAAGAUAAAAGCGAUCUUCAAGCGAGCGGUACGGAUGGACAUGAAAAACGGCGGGUCAGCAUAAGAUUACACCGUAACACAGCAGCAGCUGCUGCUGAGAUGCAGCCAAAACCCAAGUAAACGAUCUACAGUCAUGUAAAAAAGGAAAUCGCGUAGACACGAUGGACGAAUAUUAAUUGACAUGCAGUCACCGAAGUGAAAGAAGCUAAAUUAACACUAUGCCAUGCCAUGGUAUACAAGACUCUAGAACGAGAGGAUUGAUGCGACAUGACUUUUAUUUUAUCUUUACACAAUAAAUAUUUAAAUUAUAAUUAAAAUUAAGAUUCUAAAUUAAGCUCUCGUUGAUGAAAAAAAAAAAAAAAAAACACGUGGGGUGAUACAGUGCUUGCUUAAGAGACAUAGACCUAAUUUAAGCAAAUUUGUAAAGCUUAUAUUAGCUUUUUAAUAAUUAAUUAUAAUUAUUAAGUCUCUUUUAAAUUAAAGUACUUAAUACUUGUUGUAAAGUAUUUGUCAGCAGUAACUCGCUUAAUGUUGCUGUUUGUGUAUGUUUUGUUUUGGAAGCGCCAAUGUGAUGGCAAUGGCUCCACCAACCCAGGUGGUCAAGCGGGCAAACGUUCAACACAACAAAUAAGCCAACAAAAACAAGUUAAAUCACAAACAAGUAAAACCCGAGGCUUGUCUUCUGCAACAGCUGGUGCUCGUCAACCUCGUAAAUAAUUUUCAACAUCAAC